GUCGGCCCCGCCCACAGACCGCCUCCUUGGCGCGGUCUCGCGCAGCCCAACGAGGGACGGGCUGGACGAGGUCCCGCCCGCCCUCCGUCCCCCGAGAUAAGUUAAGUUGCUGUGAGCGACAUAGGCGGCCCCACCCGCCGCGCAGAAACGCAAGCUUUGUAAUAAGCCCCGAUAAUACAAGCUGUCUGGCUACAGUGUGCAGCCUGACGGGACGUAAGCCCCCUGGAGUUAAACAGGAUUUUCUUCUCAGUAAGCAUACGCGGGAUACUUACCAGGAAGGAAGCCCUGUUGAGCUCAGUGGGACUUCAUUCCAAAUGCAAUGGAUCAACUGGAGCAAAGAGUAAAUGAAUUUUUUAUGAAUGCAAAGAAAAAUAAACCAGAAUGGAGAGAAGAACAAAUGACAUCAAUUAAAAAGGAUUACUAUAAAGCCCUAGAAGAUGCAGAUGAAAAAGUACAGUUGGCCAAUCAGAUAUAUGAUUUAGUAGACCGUCACUUAAGAAAAUUGGACCAGGAAUUAGCAAAAUUUAAAAUGGAGCUUGAGGCAGAUAAUGCUGGGAUUACAGAAAUAUUGGAAAGACGUUCUUUGGAACUGGAUACACCAUCACAGCCAUUGAAUAACCAUCAUGCUCAUUCACACACUCCAGUAGAAAAACGGAAGCAUAACCCCUCAUCUCACCAUGCAGCAGCAGAUCAUGUCCCUGAAAAGAAGUUUAAGUCUGAAGCUCUUCUGUCAACUCUCACUUCAGAUGCCUCGAAAGAAAAUGCACCAGGGUGUCGAAACAGUAAUUCAUCAUCCUCAUCCAACAGUGCAUAUAAUGCAAAUUCUUCUCAGCCAUUGGCAUCGUAUAACCUGGGCUCAUUAUCUUCAGGAGCUGGAGCUGGUGCUAUUACCAUGGCAGCAGCUCAGGCAGUGCAAGCCACAGCACAGAUGAAGGAAGGGAGGAGAACGUCUAGCCUAAAAGCAAGUUAUGAAGCUUUUAAGAACAAUGACUUCCAACUUGGAAGAGAAUUUUCAUUAUCCAGAGAUACAGCUGGAUACUCAUCAUCAGCUUUGGCAUCUACAUUAUCACAGACAUUGAGUUCAUCAACCACAGAUUCACGGAGUGGUCGAAAAAGCAAAAACAAUAACAAAACUUCGAGUCAGCAAUCAUCUUCCUCUUCCUCGUCUUCCUCUUUGUCAUCUUGUUCCUCAUCCUCGGCUCUAGCACAGGAACUGUCUCAACAAACAGCAGUAAUACCUGAGUCUGAAUCUAAUAGCCAAGUUGAUUGGACCUAUGAUCCGAAUGAGCCACGUUACUGCAUUUGUAAUCAGGUGUCCUAUGGUGAAAUGGUGGGCUGUGAUAACCAGGAUUGCCCUAUAGAGUGGUUCCAUUAUGGUUGUGUUGGAUUGACAGAAGCACCAAAAGGAAAAUGGUACUGUCCACAGUGUACUGCUGCAAUGAAGAGAAGAGGCAAUAGGCAUAAAUAAAUGUUCUGCUCACUUCAGUUAAAAACAUUGUGCUACUUUGGGGUGGGGGAGGGAAUGCGUCUUUGAAACCAGUCAAAAGAGGAUUGAUUUAGUUGUCAUAAAAUGUUGACUUCUUAAUUUUGCUAGUUGUGUUUUAAUAUUGUACUUAAAUUAUUUAUGCACUGCUGUUGUGCUAUAAAUACGUUUCCAGUUAGCCAUGGAUUGUUCCAGUGGCAAACAUAUGCAGGCAUUUGUACUUUCAAACCAUUUCCCUAAGCAGUGGGCAUUCCACAACAAUUCAGUCUUCAAAUAAUUCCAGCAAAUUAAAAUUUUGAAUGGUUUUAUAUUUAGCUGGCAUUCUACUGCAUGUUCUGUACUUGAGCUGUUAUGUGGAUUUUUGUGUAUAUAAGUGGUGCAGAAAAUCAGAAUGUUAAGAGAAUGGAUUUUUUCAGAUGCCUUUAUAGCUUUGUUUCUUGUUGAAACUGAAUUCAGCAGGCUGAAGAAAAUGGUUCUUGUAUACACUGGGCUGGUGUCCUCUUAGGGUUACUUGAUAAAUAAAAACAGACUCUUGUACACUUUAAACAAAACAAAUUGUACCACUAGUCUUUAUAUGUUUGGGGGCCAUUCAGGGUACAGGUCAUUAAAAAGGGUGUUAAAGUGAUAAACCUUUUAUACCAAAUGUGUUUAUUUUUUUGUGCAAGUGAUCCUUUAAAUUGAAACUGUAUUAGGUGUUAAAAUGAAAAAAAAAUCAAACACUAGUAUUAAUGCUUGGCAUACUUUAUCAGAAAAGUACAGUAAAACAUUUCAUGGAGGCUUUCAUAAUAUACUGUCUAACUGGAGGAUUUUAAAUAGUUUUUAUUUUUUAAAAAAUAUAUAUAAAUAAAAGGUUUCCAUCUCUGACAUACUAA